CUGCCGUUCUUUAGUGUGGUUUGCGUUGUUUUGUUUGGGUCGCUUCAACGCGGAGUAGUCAUGGACUCGGCAAACGAAGACGAUUGCGAAGAAGUUCAGAGGGUACGGACCGAGAUGAGAGAGAAAUUCCUUCGCCUAAUGACUGCCCUUGCUGGUCAAAAGUGCGAAUUUUCAAUGCUGGAGAAAACGAACGUGCGGGGCGAACUGAAGGGAUGCGACCGGGAUGUGUUGAAUUUGUGCGUUUCGAAUCUGGAAACGCCACUGGGUGUGAUUCCGCAAGCGAUUCUUCGCACCGAAGACAUCGUUAGUGUCAAAGUGUCCAAUUUCCCAGUAAAAGACGAGAAUUAGAGACAAUUGACUUCCAGUUGUGUAAAACUGUGUAAAACUUUGAAUUUAUUGUUUCAAGAUUCACACCAUGUAUACUGAGAUGAGAUCCUUGCAUUUCGAAAAUACUUAGCUAUAUUAUUUUAAGGCCUCAAACAAACAAAAAUCUCACUCUUCUUGUGAGUAUCUGUGGCAUUCAGGCCUUUCUGUGGAUCCGUCUUGGUUUUUGUUGUUCCGGUUCAUCCUGUUCGUCUGCGCCAUACAAAUCCAAAUCUUUGCCAAGAUACCACACAACUAGGUCCAGUAUAACUGCUAUGAGCGUGAUUGCUGAAUAAAAUCAUAAUUAUUAAAUA